AUGUUUAUAUAUACCUACACAUCUCACUCCAUCUAUCCUACCUACACCUUGCCAGUCCGUCUCUACCUGGGGAGCGAGAACCCCAUCGUGAGCAGCCGGAAGUACCAGGGCUUCUUCACCUGCGACUUCGACCUGACCAGCUACCCGUUCGACCACCAGACGUGCUUCAUGAAGCUGCAGCUUCAGGUUUCCGUGAUGACAUGGGACGUGGAAGGAAGCCAGGUACAGUACUUGGGAAAUCCUCUCCUUCUCGAAUACGAGCUAGGAUCUUUCGCUAUCUUGCCAAAGUCAUCAGCGAGGGACGAUACUAUCCUUUUGGUGAGCAUCCCAAUGACACGCCUUGUUGGUUACGUCGUCAUCAGCAUCUACCUGCCGUCCCUCAUCAUGCUGAUGAUUGGUUACCUGACGCUUUUCUUCCUCAACGACAACUUCGAGGUUCGAGUCAUGACGGCUCUUACCACGCUCUUGGUGAUGGCUACUCUCUUCACGCAGGUAUCUUCAUCCCUUCCCAAAACCUCCUACUUCAAACUAGUGGACGUGUGGCUGCUCUUCUGCAUCUUCUCCACAUUCCUCGUCAUCGUCUUCCACAUCAUCAUCGACCUCUCACUCCACAACGAAGGGACGACGAAUAGCACCGCUCAGACGAAGGUCAAGGCUGGCCCCCUCCCACGUCGAUCUGUGCACUUCGGGCAACACGAACGUGGCACCUUUCUUGCCUCCUUCCCCUUCUACAGGCAUGGCACUUGA